AUCUGGUAUAUUUUAACAUUUUAAUAAAACCAAUGUUCCAGCCUCAAAAAAACUAAGUGCUGAUGAACAUCAGUGGACACUGCUGAGUCCCUGGAUUCAACACUAUUUCAGGAACUGAGGUGCAGAGCUGCUAGACUGGUUAGCGUUUUUCUGGCCAUCCAGGGCAAUCCCCCGGCACCAGCGCACUCAAUACGCGCACUUCUGCAAAUGUGGAGGAAACGUCAGAGAGAGAACGUAAAGUCCAGAGAGGAUAGGAGCUGGCCUGAGACUUUGAGGAGCUGGCCUGAGACUUUACCUUCUUAAGAAGCAGGUAAAAAAUUGAAAAUCUUUCUGAGAAGGGGCAGGACUGCUAUAUUCUAACUCCCUAUGAGCCCCAAGAACCUUCUCAAACUAAGGGUGGAAGGUAAAUUCCAUCACACCUUCCCUGCCCUUUCCUGAUAGGUACUGACCACUUUUUCCAGGGACACAGAGGUAGGAAUCCCAGAAAGCCCUCUUUGGCUGUGAGGUCAGGGCCCAGGCAAGUGGGGACGUGUUGGGAGGUUACUCUUGAUGUCAGGUGCCGGGCAAAUUUUCCUUUGCUUCUGCCUCCAACAUUGUCCUUAUUGCCACCUCCACAUCCCCACACCUCCCCCAGGGAUUCCCUGGAAGCUGAAGUGACUCAGGGAUUCCAAAACUAGUCACCCCAGGAGGAAACCCUCUGGAAAAUGUUUCUCAUGGCAGGGAGUCACCCUAAAGAGUUCCACAAAGCUGCUACCGAGAUAAGGAUAGAGGCUCUGAGCAAAUGGGGUGGGGUGGGCACAUGUGGCUCAGAGAACAGGUUCUUGGGUCAGGCCCAGUCUUCAUAGUAUGGAAAAAGCCAAGCCUGGGGGAAACUCUGUUUUGGAAGGGGCCCUCCCUUUACCUUCUAGGGGUUUCCUCUGCUCUGAGGUUCAGAGGCAGGGAGAUUCCCCAAAGGCUUCUCCUGAAGGGCAGUGUCCCCAGUAACCCAGGCUGAGUCCUUUCUGCAGUGUCAGCAAAUGAAGCAAGCAGCUGUGAUCACUUCCAGCUCCUUUGAGCACCCCUUUCUGCAGAAUCAAGAGACUUGAGCCAAGAUCAGACUCCUGUUCUUCUCCCUCUGCCCUGGGGUUCUGAUCCUUUAGAGGAGACCCAUAGGAAAACUGUUCUUCUAAAAUAGCACUAUACCUGGGGACCCAUUCUAGGUUUGGGGAUUGUCCAGGAACACCAGAAGCCACCCUGAGAUCAUGUGUCAGACAAAGGCUGGACAACAGGAAUCUGGAGCACAGGAUCCCCUCCAGCAGGGCUGAAUGCCCCGUGGCAUUGGGCAGGUACAGGUGAGACCUGUGCAACCCAAGCCUAGGUGCGUAUGUUCCUGGCAGUCUAGCCCAGGGACCUUUAUUCCUGGAUCCUGACUGUCUGGAUUUGGGCUUUAUAUACUUUGAUAGAACUAAGGAAAAGCAACUAAAUUGCUUUUCUCCACAGGCCCCACAGAAGCAGUUACAAUUUAAAGAAACAAAAGCCAGGUGACAUACAUUUAUAGAAUUAGUCAUCUUGUGUUAGGAUGGGAGCAAGGGGUAGAUCUCGGUUCUCCCUCUGCUCUCCCACUUUGGGGUCUGCAGGGUUGGGGAUGGCAAGCUUCCUUCUCUCAACAAGAGGAAGUUUGAUCUUAAUUCAGAGAGGUGACCCCCAAAUUUAGUCUGUUUCAAAUUGAAGUAUUCACUGUAGUGAUUCCCCUUCCAUUUGCAGUCACCUGAGGGUUGGCCUAGCUUAUAUGUCAGGGACUCAGAUUUGGAGUUCAUCAGGCCUAGAAUGGAAAACCAGCUUGGCCUCUUUCUAACUAUGUGGCCUUGGGUAAAUGACUAGAUUUCGUUGGGUCUGUUUCUUCACCUGUAAUAUGGAGAUAAUAGUUUCCAUGUCCUGGUUUUAUUGUCAGGAUAAAGUAAGAUGAUGCAUAUCCAGGGCUUAUCAUCCUCCUUGGCAAUGUGUAAGUGCACAGGAGCCCGGCCAACAGUGGAUAAAAGGGAGAGGGUGUCUGGGAGCACAGGGGUUGAGGGUGGGUAGUAGGAGUGAGGUGAUGAUAUUCCUGACCUUGUUGUUCUUCCCAAGUGCUCCUGUUCUCCCAGCCACCACAAUUUUUCCCCAAAGUGGCCUUUCUCUACUGUUCCAGACCCCACCAAGACUCACCAGAACAGCUUAUCCCAAUUCUCCAGAAUGCCCUCUGACAUUUUGACUCUCCUUUAGGGCUGCUUUUGGAGGAAUCCCCCUCUACAGAAAGUUAUUCCUGGUUCCUUCUGUUUAUUUCCCGAGUCCUUGGUUACUAGAGGAGUAUUUUCUGAGGGAAAGCACAUGCAAAUCAGGAAGCAUUAUUCUAGAGACAAUGUCUGUGUAUGAGUGUGUUGGGGUGGGGUGGUCAAUGGGCAGGAAGUGAACUCUGGUCUGUUUUCUGCAGUCUUCCUCAGCAUGCUGGACCCCCACUGGCCCGUGUCUUUGGGGUCAUCCUUUCUGAAGCAUGUAUAUCCCCUCUGGUGGAUGGUGCAUCAUGAUACUGGAGUGAGACUGAGGGGGGUCCCCCCAUGGCCUGAGAGUGGCAGCUAUUCCUGCCAUGAGCCUUGUCCUCAAGGCCUUGUGAGUGAAGGUGACUUCCUCUCACGACUUAGGUCAGCCUGCUUCCAGAAGGCCUGUCAGUCAGGGCACCACCACCAGUGGCUGAGUGAGCAGCAUCCAGCAUGUACCAGGUGGUCGCAUUCUUGGCUAUGAUGCUGGGAACCCACACCCUUAGUUUUCGACUCCGGAAGGACUGCAGCCACUGGCCCAGCUGUGGUCCCAGUAAAGGGCAGGAUCUCUCCGAGGACUUGUUGCAGGGGCCAACUGUGUUCAUGUCUCCCCCGGAGCCUGAAAGCCUUGCCCAGCACCCAGAAUCCUGCAGGGCCAGUGACGACGGACCCCUCAAUAGCAGGGCCAUCUCCCCCUGGAGAUAUGAGUUGGACAGGGACUUGAACCGGCUCCCCCAGGAUCUGUAUCACGCCCGUUGCCUGUGUCCACACUGCGUCAGCCUACAGACGGGCUCUCACAUGGACCCCCUGGGCAACUCGGAGCUGCUCUACCACAACCAGACCGUCUUCUACCGGCGUCCAUGCCAUGGUGAAAGGGGCACCCACCAUGGCUACUGCCUGGAGCGUAGGCUCUACCGCGUCUCCUUGGCUUGUGUGUGUGUACGGCCCCGUGUGAUGGCCUAGUCAUGCCUGCCACCUACCUGACACCAGAUCCUUAUCUGUAAGACUGCAGCCAGGUACACAACCAUCUUGCCAUGGUAGGCCAAGAUACCCACAUGCUUGGUCCCUCCGAAGCACCACCUGCAUCAGCAAGCUCCUCGGACAGGACGGAGGCCUUGGGGAGAACACACACUUUGGCACUUUUUUUUUUGCACUUUUUUUUUUGAGGUGCUGGGGAUUGAACCCAGGGCCUCGUGCAUGCGAGGCAAGCAGUCUACCAACUGAGCUAUAUCCCCAGCCCCCCACUUUAGCACUUUUUUGGAAGCACUUUUGGAAGGGAGCAACUGCAGCUUGUGGCUGCUGGAAUCUGUUGUCCUGGCAUUUCCUUUCAGAAAAGGCCUUCAAAGCUCUGCCCAUUUCUGGAGGCCACACUCUUCUUAUCCUCCCAUCUCUAGCUGCCCUGGCCCAGCACAGGAACUUUCUUCAUAUUUGCCCGGUUGCCCCUCAUUUCAUUUGUUCGUUCAUUCAUUCAUUCAUUCAUUCAUCAAACACUCAGUGAUCUUCUACUUUGCACAUGUCCUAGUGUAGUUACAAGUCCUUUGACAUGGAUCAUUCUGAGGAGGAAGCUGUUAUUGAAUGUGGAGAGAUUUAUCCAAAUAAAUAUCUGUAUUUAAAAAUGG